GAUAAGGCUGUUGCCAUGGUGAUGAAGGAGAUACCGAGGGAGGAGUCUCCGGAGGAAAAACCCCUCCUUACUAUGAAAUCACAGCUUGUGAAUGAGCAACAAGAAAGCCGACCCUUGCUGAGUCCUUCAAUAGAUGACUUUCUUUGCGAAACCAAAUCAGAAGCCAUUGCACAUCCGGUGACAUCAAAUACAGCAGUUCUGUCAACAGGUCUGGAUCUCCUUGACCUCAGUGAACCUGUUUCCCAAAUCCAAAGCAAAGUGAAAAAGCGGGAGAAUUCCUCAAGAGGGGAGAGCUUGAAAGGAUCGACCCAUAGAAGGAAGGCUGAAAAACCAGACCUUAUCUAUGUGGACACCGAACAGAAAAUCCAACCACUCAAGGGUCCGGAGAAAUCACUGGAUUUAGCCAAUAUCCAGGCUCAGCUAGAAAAAUGGGAUGAAGUCAAGCAUCGUGGAGAAAGAGUUUGCAAAGGUCCUUCAGGUUCUGAGAGAAAAUCGUCAUCUUCUAAAGCUCCACCAAAAGAAUUUAUGUGUUUGCCUUAUUUUCUGACUCUGAUGUUCUUCCAGGGCCGGUCAACCAAAGAACAAUGUUGGGGAAAACCACUCCUAUCCCGAAAUCAUUCCAUGGAAGAGGAAUUUGAACGCGCUAAAGCUGCCGUUGAGUCAGACACAGAGUUUUGGGACAAGAUGCAAGCAGAGUGGGAAGAAAUGGCUCGCAGAAAGUGGAUUUCAGACAGCCAAGAAACACAAGGACGAGUGGCCGUCUCCAUUAAUGAGAAGGGUUAUUACUUUCACACUGAAAAUCCCUUCAAAGAUUGGCCUGGUGCUUUUGAAGAGGGACUAAAAAAACUGAGAGAAGGGGACUUGCCCCUCACCAUCCUGUACUUGGAGGCAGCUAUUCUCCAAGACCCACAUGAUGCUGAGGCCUGGCAGUUUCUUGGAAUAACCCAAGCAGAAAAUGAAAAUGAACAGGGAGCCAUAGUUGCCCUCCAACGGUGCUUAGAGCUUCAGCCAAACAACUUGAAAGCCCUCAUGGCCUUAGCCGUGAGCUUCACAAACACUGGCCACCAGCAGGAGGCUUGUGAAGUCUUAAGAAGCUGGAUCAAACAGAAUCCCAAGUACAGAUUCCUCUUCCGAAGCAAGAAAGGUUCUCCAGCGUUGGCCAGGAGGAUGUCAAAGACAGCUGAUGAAAGUUCCCUGCUGGAAGAAGUGAAGGAGUUAUUUCUUGAAGGAGCUCAUCAUAAUGGUGAAUUGGUUGACCCAGACUUGCAGACGGGGCUUGGAGUGCUCUUCCAUCUGAAUGGGGAAUUUAACAGAGCAAUAGAUGCAUUCAAUGCUGCCCUCACUGUGCGCCCAGAGGAUUAUUCAUUGUGGAACCGUCUAGGAGCAACCUUAGCAAAUGGUGAUCGAAGCGAAGAAGCAGUAGAAGCCUACACUCGAGCAUUAGAGAUUCAACCUGGCUUUAUCAGAUCUAGAUACAAUUUAGGAAUCAGCUGCAUCAACCUAGGCGCAUAUAGAGAGGCGGUGAGCAACUUCCUCACAGCUCUCAAUCUGCAACGCAAGAGUCGGAAUCAGCAACAGGUGUCUCAACCAGUAAUAUCAGGUAAUAUUUGGGCUGCUCUCCGGAUUGCAUUGUCUAUGAUGGACCAGCCAGAACUCUUUCAGGCUGCUAAUGUGGGUGACCUGGAUGUGCUAUUAAAAGCGUUCAACAUCGAGUCUUAA